ACAGGGAGAUUUUCUCGGCAGAGGCUUCCUAGCCUCAGUAGAAAUUUGCAUACAACUUCCACUUCCUGCUUCAGAGCCUGUUCGACAGCUUACCUGGGCCUGGAGAGGGAGGAGGGAGGCAGGAGCGACCCAAGGUGGAGUGUGAGAAGGAGAGAGCCUGACCACCCCCGUCGGCCGGUCUGUCUGUCCUUGGUGGUGCUAAGGCCUUCAGUCACUCCUGUGCUCUUUUUCCCUGCCUGCCUCCCCCCUUCCACUGGAGGUUGGGUGUCCUGGGACGUCAUCUCAACCAAACUAAUGAACCUAGGAUGAACCGAAGCAUUCCUGUGGAGGUUGAUGAAUCAGAACCAUACCCAAGUCAGUUACUGAAACCAAUCCCAGACUGUUCCCUGGAAGAGGGCUCAGAACCCCCUGCUCCAGAUCUAAGGAACAUGGCACCCAAUGGCUUGUCUGCACCCCACGCCCCUCCCUGUUCCUCAGGAGACUUUUCUCAGGCCCACCCCCCCCUGAAACUUUCUGAUCCCGUGCGGCCUGUGUCCCAGCAUGUCACCUGCCUGCGCACCAAAAUCCUGGAAGAGAGUGAGGACAGCUUCUGGAGGAGACACCCGGACCCCGGCAAAGAUUUUCCUUCGGGCUCCUCUGCCGCCUGCGGGCCGGAGCCUGGGGCUGUGGUCAGAGCCUUCCCCCGGGAGCAUCAGUUUUCAUUUAUGGAAAAACGAAAUCAAUGGCUAGAGUCUCAGCUUUCGGCAGCUUCUCCUGACACUGGCCAUGACUCAGACAAAUCAGACCAAAGUUUACCUAAUGCCUCAGCAGACUCCUCGGACAGUAGCCAAGACACGGUGCAACAGCCCCAGCCCCACAGGAACCGAGCGGCUCCAGAUCUGCCUACAAUAGACACCGGGUACGAUUCCCAGCCCCAGGACGUCCUGGGCAUCAGGCAGCUGGAAAGGCCGCUGCCCCUCACCUCCGUGUGUUACCCCCAGGACCUCCCCAGACCUCUCAGGUCCAGGGAGUUCCCUCAGUUUGAACUUCAGAGGUAUCCAGCGUGUGCACAGGUGCUGCCUGUGAACCCUCAAGCUCAGUGGAACUGCCAUUACCAUUGUCCUGGAGCUCCCUAUCACCAGGUACCAUGUGGCCACGACCAUGCUCAAGCUGCCUACCGGCAAGUGUUCCCACCCGCGGUGCGUGCGCAGCCCUUCCCUGGAGCCAGCGUGCGAGGCCCGAACCCUGUGCACAAGGUCAUCCUGAACUACCCCAGCCCCUGGGACCAAGAUGAGAGGCCUGCACAAAGAGACCAUUCCCCAGGGCUCCCAAGGGACCAACUAUAUAAUCAGCCACCUAAUCGAGUGGGAGCUCCUGAGGAGUCCUUGGAGUGUCCUGCAGAGUUGAGACCACCAGGUCCCCAGGCUCCCUCCCCAGCUGCCAUCCCUAGACCCCCUAGUAACCUUCCAGCCAGAGGAACUCUGAAAACAAGCAAUUUGCCAGAAGAAUUACGGAAAGUCUUUAUCACUUAUUCUAUGGACACAGCCAUGGAGGUAGUGAAAUUCGUGAACUUUCUGUUGGUGAAUGGCUUCCAAACUGCAAUUGACAUAUUUGAGGAUAGAAUCCGAGGCAUUGAUAUCAUUAAGUGGAUGGAACGCUACCUUAGAGAUAAGACAGUGAUGAUAAUUGUAGCAAUCAGCCCCAAAUACAAACAGGAUGUGGAAGGUGCUGAAUCGCAGCUGGACGAGGAUGAGCAUGGCUUACAUACUAAGUACAUUCAUCGAAUGAUGCAGAUUGAGUUCAUAAAACAAGGAAGCAUGAAUUUCAGAUUCAUCCCCGUGCUCUUCCCAAACGCUAAGAAGGAGCACGUGCCCACCUGGCUUCAGAACACUCACAUCUACAGCUGGCCCAGGAAUAAAAAGAACAUCCUGCUGCGGCUGCUCAGAGAGGAAGAGUACAUAGCCCCUCCCCGGGGGCCUCUGCCCACCCUUCAGGUGGUACCCUUGUGACCCCUGCCUCCCAGACCCGGAGGGCAUGCUGUGUGUGUGUGUGUGUGUGUGUGUGUGUGCGCGCGCCGGUGCUGACAAGCAGUCUUCUGGAAGAGGCUGCUGUUGCAGGCCCUCUCAGAGGGCUCCCCAUACCCACUGCAGAAAACCUGUCCUGCAGAGCAUUCUUCUUCCCGAGAACUCCACAGACGCCUUUCAGACAGAGGCCUGGUGCUCUGCAUCCUCUCCUGCCAACACCCGCAGCAUGCUGCUCCCAACUGUCUGGUGUGUCCACUCUGGGCCUCUCACUGCUUAGCUAGUAGAUCAUAUAAAUGAUGUUGCAAUAAAUGUAAACGGACCAUAAACACUCUCCCAUUGCUUAGGGCUAUUUUUAUGAGUUAGCCAGAUGUUCGUGUGUCCUCAGACUGACCUGAUUCAUGUACAGAUAAUAAAAUGUUUACCCUUUUAUAA